CGUCGCCGUCGCAGCCGCGCUCGCCCGCAAUAGGUAUUCCGGUGUUCACGGUUAGUCGGUUCCACAGGGGAACGUACGCUGGUCUGUACGGGUCAGAUUUCUGCUUAGUCGCAUUCAAUAUGGCCGACAACGGCGCGCGUUAAUAUCGCUCUCUUCCUAUUUACGUUUGUUCAAUUAUUAUGAACUUUAUCGUUUUCGCGCGCUGGUGUGUGUUGCGAGUGUAACAACAAUUAUUGUUGUGUACGGUGUUGUUUUCCACAGACCACGUCUUGUGGUGUGAACCGAAAGUGUUAAGUGUGUUUGCGGAGUGAUUUCGACGAAUGUGAUAAUAAUAAUAAUAAUUGUAAUAAUAGUAAUAUCUGCGUGUGUGUGUGCGCGCGCGCGUUAUGGUGUGCCCGAAGAAACACAGUUCGGCAGGCGACCAUUGCAACGCGGCAAAGCGAUGAGGACAGCGGCAGCCGCGACCAUUGCGGUCAAAUGGAUACCGGUGACCAUUGUCGCUGCUGCUGUAUUCUUUGCCGGCCCAGGACUCGGUGAUUUGAUCGGUGGCAGCCCGCCUACAAUAUGGGUGGAUCGCAAUUGGGUGGUGGACUCGACGGCUCCCGUGGGAACCGUUGUGGCCCGGGUUCGGGUGUCGGACGUCGGCAACGAGACCCUGCAAUACGGUCUGGAACAUUCCACGGGAUUCAACAUCAUCCAGGAAAGCGAAGAACCGUUACCGUUCGCCAUUGACAGCAACGGGAGAGUCACCACCAACACGUCUUUGACUACCAAGGAAGGGAAAAACAUAUACUUGUACGUAACGAUAAACGACGGACAUCUGACGUCUAAAACUCAAGUUUGGGCCAAAAUCGAAGGACCUGGCGGCGGUGGAGGUAAGAAGCCAAACAACCAUCCGACCAAUUUCUUAUCGUCACAGUUCCGACCGCCACCGCCAAUCAACGGAGGCUUCCCGGUGGUUUUCCCCCCGCAAAACAAACCGCCGGCGCCUUCGAGGACGACACCUGCCAGACCGACUGUGGCCACGUCGCCGAUUCCUAAAGUUCCUACGCUACCAAAGGCGGCUGUGCCAACGCAAACGUCCGUAUCGACUCAAACGUCAAUUUCCAUAGAACCCACUACGCCGCCUUUAUUCGAUUCCUCCACCCAAGCCAUCUUACCGAUAGUUAAACAGUCAAAUGACACGGCCAAGAACGUGUCGGAAACCGUGGUCAGCCCGCCCACCGUCACCACCCAGGAACCUGUGCAAAACCAUCUUGUCCUCGCACUCGUGCCCAUUGUGGUGGCCGCCAUUUUCCUGACGGCGGCCGGCGUGGUGGCUUGUAUGUUCCGGAAAAGAUUGUUCACCACCAAAGUCAAGUCGAAAAAAGUCAACUCUAUCGGCAAAAUGAACAGCUCGAGAACGGACGAUCCGAUGGUCAUGCACCACUGGAGCGGACCCAGGGCUUUCACCAGGUAUGAAAGCUGGGGCUCGGAUCCGGGGCGCGGCCAAUACAGCGGCAAAGAGUCGACGCUCAAGGACACCAUCGCCGUGGACCCGUGGGAGAUUCCUAGGCACCACAUAAGAGUGUGCUCGAUUUUGGGCGAGGGCAGUUUCGGCCAAGUGUGGAAAUGCGAAGCGUACAACAUUGUCGGGUUCAAGGGCAACAUGACCGUCGCGGUCAAAACGCUCAAGGACAACGCGGGCGAACGCGAAAGACUGGACCUGGUGCAAGAGCUGCAAGUCAUGAAGUCCCUGGAGCCAAACCCGCACGUCGUCAAGCUGUUGGGAUGUUGUACCGAGAGAGACCCGUUGUUCGUUGUCAUGGAGUACGCGAAACUCGGCAAACUGCAAAGCGUUCUGAGAAACUCUCGCGGUGUCACUUACUACACGAACACCCACGGGUCGAGUUCGUUGACGUCGCACGAGCUCAUUAUGUUCUGCUAUCAGAUCGCCAAAGGAAUGGACUUCUUGUCUUCGAAAGGGAUCAUCCACCGCGACUUGGCCGCCAGGAACAUACUGGUCACCGACGACAGGCUGUGCAAGAUUUCGGACUUCGGGUUCGCCCGGGACGUGGCGUCCAGUCGGGUGUACGAGCGCAAGUCUGAGGGCCGUUUGCCCAUCCGGUGGAUGGCGCCCGAAUCUCUUUUCGACAACAUGUACUCGGCCAAGUCGGACGUUUGGUCAUUCGGCGUGCUCAUGUGGGAAAUAGUGACGCUGGGCUCGACGCCUUACCCCGGCAUGGCCGCGGCCGACGUGAUGAAACGCAUCCGGGACGGUUACCGGCUUGAAAAGCCUCAGCAUUGCCGACGCGAAGUGUACAACAUCAUGUUCUACUGCUGGGACAAGUGCGCGGACGAGCGGCCCGACUUCCGCGAGCUGCUCGACCUGCUCGACAAGCUGUUGGUCACCGAAACGGAUUACAUUCAGCUCGACCGGUUCCCGGACAACGCUUACUACAACAUCACCACUUGCAUUAGCGGCGAACGACUGUAAAAAUAUAAUGUUUUUUUUUUUUUAUUAAUAUGAACAAUUUGUUGAAAUCGACCACGACCUGUUCCAUUAUUAUUUUAUCAUUAUUGUACAAGAUAAUACGUUAAAAAAAAAAAUUGCAAAAUAAUAAACCGUUUAUGGUCGCGCAAUAUUGUUAGCGGUAACUAUUUUUAAUGAUCGCUUAAUUAUUAUUAUAAUAGAAAAGAACGAUGCAACGAAUAAGUAACAAUUGUACAUACGUUUUUACUCGCGCGGAUUUAUUGUUAGUUAUAAUUAUCAAUUCGUAUUAUACGCUAAAUCGCCAUUGGACACACAAUUCGCCAAUGGUAAUUCUAUAUGGUACUGAUACCUUUUUGGGUAUUGAGCAAUUGUACAUUUUACAUUUUUGUUAUAAAUAGCAAGCCACUAGUCUUUUUUUUUUCUUGUUAAACAUUGUAUUAUUGCGUGCCUUUUAUUUAUGUUACGUUAUUUUUGAAAAACAAAGAUUCAAUUUUUGUACU